AUCCUGGGAAAACAAGACCUCUCUUGGCACCUAAACGACUCUGCUGACGAGUGUUGCCUUUUCAACAAGUGUCUGUGUUGGAAUGGCAGAAGUCGGUGUUGUCGCUGGCUUAAAACAUCUGAGGCCCUGGGCCGAAGAUACAAGACAGUAAACGCGUCGUGGCACGGGAACCACACGCUUUGAUUUCCUUCUGUGCCAGCGUCAUGGAACCCUUGAAUGUGUGGAAAUGCACUGGGAUUUUUGACCCUGAUAUGUUGGCCUUCUCCUCAAUCGUUCCAAAGAAAAUUCAGCGUCAGCUUGUCUUGCGCGAACUAGCGACUCUGGGCCUCGCUGGCUUGCUGAAUCCCUUGUAGGAGCGGGGCUAUAUCACUCGCGAGUGUGUUCUUCCGACUCCUUUGCCGAAGGGUUGACCCCAAACGAGUUUGAGGCAUGUAAACGCGUUCUUGUCUACGGUAGGAGAUGAGUACUGGACUUGCGUAAACUUCGCUCGGCGGAUUUGUCGAGGGCUGUGCCUUCACACAGCGCAAGCUAGUUGGCUGACAGGCGGUUGCCACGAAACCCUCACAGUAUAUUCAAGAGUGUACCUUUUCAUCCUGUCAAAAUUUUAAUCCUUUGUAGGAUUCCUUCUUGUCUCUCGCGUUCGGCAAUGUUCCAGCCUCGAAACAAAUACGAGAGCUCCUUGAGCGCGGUUGGCACAUUCUGUGUCUCUGCAGUUGGAGACUCGUGCAUAGACCGUUGACUGAGGCAUCUGCUUUAGUGCAAGGCCGCGGAAUCUUGUUCUUCGUUUAACGAAGGCAACACGGAAUUGCUCGAAAGUGAGAAGAUUUACUUCGCUGUUCCGGGGAAUCGUCAAGGUCACAGCCUUUAGUGAGCCGUCGCCGGUUCUCACGUGUAUGGGCUCGUAUGUCGGAACGUGAACGAUUCACGUUUCUGUUUUCAAAGUAACGGGCCUUCUUUUCCGGACAUUGUGGCAAAUUUGUUUUGCAAGGACCUGACCUCUUAGCCCGUUUUUUGACGCAUCUUGUUCAUCUGUUUUUAUGCUGUUUUCGCCCCCAACUACCGCGCACGCCUCGGCAGCACAGCCGCAAGGAUUUGAAGAGGGAGCUCUGUGUUGUGCGUUUGAAACGGUCGGCCCUUUUCUGGAAGUUGGUGAUGCCUCUUCAGUCCUAUAAGGCUGCUUUUUAAGAGGAGUUUACCGGUUUCAUUUGCGUCUGCCUCUUGCUUCCAUCCUUCUUGCCUGCUCUGUUUGUCUAACCCUGCUGCCGACUCUCUUGAGGGAACGUAAACGCGAGGUGGGAACCCACCGUCAUACCGCCGUCUGACGCUGUGGAAAGCAACGUGAACUAAAAACACCAAGGGGAAGAAAAGACUAAUGAAGAGAGCCUGUCUUGGCGAACUGGUCGGCAAAGUUGUAAUUCGAGCGUCCCUUCUGUCUCCUCUGUGGUGAUAACCGCCGCAAAGGGGCUGGAAGCCGACCAGGAAAGACCACAAUGUAACCUACGCAUGGCAUUCUAUUAGAAACGUUUGAAAAGAAGCUGUGCUAUUCAUGGACGCAGAAAUGCGACUCGGCGUCGGGCGCGCCGAUUGCCGGCACAGCUCCAGGCGGCCUAAUUUGUCUUCUGGAAAGAUUUCUUUCCAGAAUCUAGUUCUCCUUUCAGUUUGCUGCGUCUCAGUUGGAAUUGCCGGUGGCCCGCUUUGCCGACAAGUUGCCGGCCUAAGUCUUCCUUCCUCCUCUGUCUCUCGCGCCUUUAUUCCGGAGCUCGACCCCUCCCUGCUUUCUCCCACGAGGCACUCUGUAGAAAGUUCGGAGAUGCCCGAUUCUGCCCGAGACUCCAGUGCACUAUCGAGAGGAGAGUCCCUGUCGCACUCCGCAUUUGAGAGCACUGGGGAAGGAGAUCCCUCAUCGCGGACCACUUUCCGUAGUUCGUCUGCAGUCUCUGCAGAGGCAGCAUUUCCCGCAGCCACUGAAGGAGUGCUGACUCGUCUAGGAUCUGGGAGAGGCGGCCGUCGUCGGUCACGUGACCGGGCGGGGGCUGCCGCCUCCACACUUCUACCUACUUUUGGUUUCUCAUUCACAGAAAAAAGGGGGGAGGAUGGCAGUGCAGCAGGCUCAGAAGCAAAGGGAAAUUCCGAAUCUGCGCAGACGGACCAGAAAUCACAGCAUGAGAGUGCAGAUGUCAAGGAGAGUUCCUCGGCAACCGCCGAGAACAAAAGCUCUGACGAUUUUCCGGAGAGCUCUUCUGAUUACCACCCAUUGAGAGGGCUUUUCCACCGCAUGCUGUCGCCGGUGAUUCCCUUCCUUAGCCCACCUCCCAUCAGAUCCGCGACGCGGAUGACGAUCUUGAGUCCAGUAAACUUUCUCCACUCUUUGUGGACGCCCCGUAUAUCGAUUAUUACCUCCGUUCGCAACGAGGAUGAAAAGGAUGAGGAGUCUUCUGCGAGUGAGAGUUCGGAGAAGCAAGCCGGUGCGUCUGGAGAAACGUCAACGACCACAACAACGACAACAACCGUGUCCACCUCUUCAGUUGACGAAUCAGAGACUUCUGGCGCUUCCGAAUCUGCCGCAAGCGGAGUAGAACACGAGCAGAAAACGGGAGGGUCGGCAACUGAAGCCAGGGACCAGCCGCGGGCGCCAGAGGGAGCAGCUGAGGUGCAGGAAACGGCGCAUGCUGCUGAAGAGAACGGUACAGCUGAGGAAGCGACACGAGGAGCCGAAGCAGCGAGCCCGGAGACGACACGCGGAAGUGGUGGUGAGGGAGACAAAGUGGGAGAACACACAAAUUCAGAACCUUCGGCGUCACCGAACGAGAAGGCCACACCGUCGCCUGCUGAGGAAGAGGAAAAGGAGACAAAUCCUGGCGAUGAGCAAGGCAGCAGCGAUUCUCAGGCUCUGGCUGAAAAUGAGAAAAGUGAUACAAAACCAGAUGGCGAAUCGAAGAGUAAUGCUGCUCCAGAGUCGGCUGAAAAUGAGAAAAAUGAUUCAAAGCCGGAUGGUGAAUCACACAGUAAUGCUGCUCCAGAGUCGGCAGAGAAUGAGAAAAGCGAUACAAAGCCGGAUGGUGAAUCAGACAGUAAUGCUGCUCCAGAGACGGCAGAGAAUGAGAACAGUGAAUCAAAGCCGGAUGGUGAAUCACACAGUAAUACUGCUCCAGAGGCGGCUGAGAAUGAGAACAGUGAAUCAAAGCCGGAUGGUGAAUCACACAGUAAUGCUGCUUCAGAGGCGGCUGAGAAUGAGAAAAAUGAUUCAAAGCCGGAUGGUGAAUCACACAGUAAUGCUGCUCCAGAGGCGGCUGAGAAUGAGAACAGUGAAUCAAAGCCGGAUGGUGAAUCACACAGUAAUGCUGCUCCAGAGGCGGCUGAGAAUGAGAACAGUGAAUCAAAGCCGGAUGGUGAGUCACACAGUAAUGCUGCUCCAGAGUCGGCUGAGAAUGGGAAAAACGAUACAAAGCCUGAAGGUGGAAACGAUGGUAAUGCUGCUCCAAAGUCGGCUGAAAACGCGGAAGGUAAGACAAAGCCUGAGGAUGAACAGGGGACAAAAACAGCUUCUGCUUCAGCCGAAAAUGAAGCGAAUGUGGCAAAUCCCGCCGACGAAAAAGAGUCCAUGAAUUCUCCAGCAUCAGCAGAGAAUGAGGAAAAGGGUGCAAACCCUUCUGAGCCCGAGAAGAAAGAGGACGACAAAAAGCCCGGAGAUGAAGCCUCAUCGCCUGACGACACAUCGCAAGCUUCCGUGGAAGAAGAAGCGAGAGGCAAACGCCAGGGAAUGCCUGAGAAAGCUGCAGAAUCAGCAGAAGCGUCUGCGGCCUCUCCUCCGAAAACGCCCGAAGAACCUGCAGCAGGCUCAGGGGGCGAGACAGCUGAGGGAGAAGAAUCUUCAGAAUCGCUUUCGAAGGACAAGACAUCGAACCCUUCCAGCUCACCCGAUUCUGCGCCGCCGGCCGCUUCUCUUGCAGGUGGUUCGGGAUUCCCAGGUGGAGAGACGGAGCCAAGCAAAAACGCGUCCGCCGUUGUUGUGUUCAAGUUCUGUCGGCAAGGCCACGGGAAGUGCGUACCGGAAGAAGCGCAGACCCUCGAACGAAUCAAAGUCUACGUGGAUAGGAACUUGAAAUUGGACUUGCGAGACCACGACGACUGGACACACAUCGGAACGGCCAUGAACAAGUGGCUUCGAGAUCGAUUUUUCAACGGGAGAGAAGGGAAAGAAUUCGGCUGGGCGAAUGCGCUUCGAGGGUGCAUCUUGGACUGGGCCGAUCCUAUAGGCAAGUUCUCACCUACAUGGAUUAUGAUGAAGGAAAAGGGGCACAAACCGACGAAAAUGUACCGAGAAAUGUUUCUCGACUUCUACACAACGGAUCAAGACACCGGCCAUCGUGUACCUGCCCUGGUGAACUGCUUCCACUUUCUCAGUGGCAUUGAAUAUUUUUUCGUUACCUCAGAGAAGCCUCUUUCAGCAACGACGGGUGAAGGUAUUGCAGACCAAGCACUUGUGCUGAAAUCUUCGAUUGACGUGGACUACGAAUAUUUUCUACGCAAUAGGGCGGAAACGGGCAUGAGCCUCGAACCGCCCCCACCGAAGACACGCCAAGCUGUGAACAUGCAGCAAUCCAGUAGCCGAAAAUGGUCGUCUUUGUCUCUCGCCUUUUCCAUGGUCCAGAAGAAACGGAAAAUGGAAGCAGCGAGGCAGGACAAAAGUAGUGAAACCAGCCCCAGGGUCUCUGCGUAGAGACAGGCAAAAUCCGUCGAGCGGUGACCACAUAGUCGAACCGUCAAAGGCAUUGAACAGAAGUCGCAACCUCUGAAGAAAACAGAACUCGGACAAACCACAAGAGAAGUGUCUUAUCCGUGAUGUAUCUCGCGGAAGUCGGGCGCUAAUAAAAUACUAAGAACUAUUAGCUGUCGGCUGAGACAAGCUUGUGUGGUAUAUCGACAAAAGUAGAUGAUGCUUGACAACAGCGGAGCAUCACAGAAGCAGAAACGAUACUCGAAAAUUUUCUUCUAUAGGGAAAUUCACUGCAGCCAUUGACCUUCUGGUGCAAGAAACGCUCAACGGCACUUGUCGGCAUUGUCCGACAGUAAGAGUGCCCGGCUUCGCGUCAACAGUGCAGACUGAUUUGUAACGACG